GUGCACGUGCGAGAGGAUGCCAGACAAGGUAGCGCCGGCGGAGAAAACGGUCCCGCGGCCCGUCGCCGCGGGGCCCGACAAUGACAGCAAAGGUAUUAAACUGAAGAAGGAAUUGGGUUUAUGGGACGGCGUGGCGAUCAUCGUCGGCAUCAUCGUCGGCGCCGGUAUCUUUGUAUCGCCAAAGGGUGUGCUUCUGAACAGCGGCAGCGUCGGUCAGGCCCUUAUCGUCUGGAUUUUUUCCGGGAUCUUAUCGCUCAUCGGGGCUCUAUGUUACGCCGAGCUAGGUACGAUGAUUCCCAGGUCCGGUGGUGAUUACGCGUACAUAGGCGACGCCUUCGGACCUUUGCCAGCAUUUCUCUAUCUCUGGGUGGCGUUAUUCAUCCUGGUACCAACGGGGAAUGCUAUCACAGCGCUCACGUUCGCACAAUACAUUCUGCAACCCGUAUGGCCUGGAUGCGAACCGCCGUACGAAGCGGUGCGACUCCUCGCUGCUGUGAUCACGUGUCUACUGACCGCCAUCAAUUGUUACAAUGUCAAAUGGGCGACCAGGGUACAAGACUUUUUCACCGCCACCAAAAUUUUCGCUCUUCUGAUCGUCAUAGGAGCAGGUCUGGUAUGGCUUUGUCAAGGCCACAUGGAGAAUUUUCAACGUCCGAUGGCUGGUACCAACACCCAGCCCGGUUACGUUGCCCUCGCGAUCUACUCCGGACUCUUCUCUUAUUCGGGCUGGAAUUACCUCAAUUUCGUGACGGAGGAACUAAAAGAUCCUUACAAAAAUCUUCCAAAGGCUAUUUGCAUAUCAUUGCCAGUUGUAACAGUGAUUUACGUAUUCGCGAACAUCGCGUAUUUCGUUGUACUCACACAGGACGAAAUACUUGCAUCGAAUGCUGUCGCUGUUACCUUCGGCGAUAAAUUGCUGGGCGUUAUGUCGUGGAUCAUACCAUUCUUCGUGGCGUGUUCGACUUUCGGAGCAUUGAACGGCGCGAUCUUUGCGUCGUCCAGAUUGUUCUUCGUCGGCGCCCGAAACGGACACCUCCCCACUGCCAUUGCUUUGAUUAAUGUCCGCAACUUGACGCCGAUGCCAUCCCUCAUCUUCCUCUGCCUUAUCACUUUGGUGCUUCUUAUCAUAAAAGAUGUCUACGUUCUGAUAAAUUAUGUCAGCUUUGUUGAGGCUCUAUUUACCACACUUUCCGUGUCUGGUCUAUUGUGGCUACGUUACAAAAAGCCUGAUCUCCAUCGUCCUAUAAAGGUUUUUAUACUUUUACCAAUCAUCUUUUUCAUAAUUUGCGUAUUUCUGGUCAUCUUUCCAUGCUACGUUUCACCUUGGGAAGUUGGCGUAGGCAUAAUCAUAAUCCUGUCUGGAAUUCCCAUGUAUUGGAUCUUCAUCGAUUGGAAAGCAAAGCCCGCGUGGCUCGCAAAUGGAUCCCAUAAUUUCAACAUGAUGUGUGCUAAGCUAUUCUUGUGUGUACAAGAAGAUAAAACCGAGUAAAGUGCGUGAAAAUAGUUGUAAUUAUUGUUAAAUAUUCUGAACUAUGGUGCCUAAAUUCGAGAAUGUGUUUCGAGCAUGCGUCGUACUUUUUUAGGUAGGUAAAUUAAAAUUAUAAUCAUCAUAAUGUCAAUUAUAACGUCGAACUUUGUCGAAUAGCUGCAUUAUUAUAUAAGUUAAACGACAAUGUGCGCAUGUGAAUGACACAGCAGUUGCUGAUGUAGAUUUGUAAUUUUUAUAUUUUAUAUUUUGCAUAAUAUAAAUUAUAAUUUUUAUAUAUUCGUAAUUAUGUAUCUUAUUGCUUUGUAUCUAAAACAACAUUGCUAUCGUCAAUCUUGACGCAUAAAUUAUACUCGUGUC